CAAGGAGCUAGCAAGCCAUGGGUGUCUCUUCGAAAUGGCUCUCUUUGAGUGUUCUUGUUCUAUGCAUUGUCCUCCAUUUGAGCGCAAUCAGUUCACUUGGAGAUGACAAGCUUGACAAAACUAGAUUUGGUGAUGACGAUUGUGGAUAUGGGGGCCGACGGGGAUGUGGUGGUAGGUGGGGUGGUCGUCGACCUUAUGGUCAUGGUCCUCGAGGAGGUGGCGGCGGUUUGGGUGGUGGAAGAGGUGGUGGCAUUGGAGGAGGUGCUGGAGGAGGAGGAGGUUUUGGUGGUGGUGGAGGUGCAGGUGCUGGAGGUGGUGUUGGUGGUGGAGCUGGAGGCGGUGUUGGUGGUGGUGGCGGCUUUGGUGGUGGUGGAGGAGGAGGUGUUGGAGGUGGGUCAGGUCAUGGAGGUGGUUUUGGAGCUGGGGGAGGUGUAGGUGGUGGAGCAGGAGGAGGCAUUGGUGGUGGAGGAGGAGGUGGUGGUGGUGGUUUGGGCGGAGGAUCCGGCCAUGGGGGUGGGUUUGGUGCAGGUGGUGGAGUAGGAAGUGGAGCUGGUGGCGGUGUUGGAGGUGGAGGAGGAGCUGGAGGUGGUGGCGGUGGUGGCAUAGGUGGAGGAUCAGGUCAUGGUGGUGGGUUUGGUGCAGGUGGUGGUGUAGGAGGUGGAGCUGGUGGCGGUGUUGGAGGUGGAGGAGGAGCUGGAGGUGGUGGUGGCGGUGGUGGUGUAGGUGGAGGGUUAGGCCAUGGUGGUGGGUUUGGUGCAGGCGGGGGCGUUGGAGGUGGAGGUGGUGCUGGUGGAGGCAUUGGUGGUGGCGCAGGAGGUGGUGGCGGUGCUGGUGGCGGCCAUGGCGGAGGAUUUGGGAUUGGAAUUGGCAUCGGAGUUGGAGUUGGAGGUGGUGCUGGUGCAGGCCAUGGAUCUGGAGUUGGAUCUGGCAGCGGCGGUGGUGGACAUUAGAACAUUUUGUCCCUCAAAACCAGUACUCUUUGAGUCGAGUCGUCUUGUUAUCAGUUAACCCAAACUACGUGUUACCGCUAGCUUUGUAUGGGAAAAAAGCUUGUGCCUUGUGGUCUUCACAGCACUGCACGAUGCAUAUUGUAAUUUCCUAAU